AUGAACCUCAUUACUUAUUUAGCAACGCCACAUCGGGCGGCCUCAGCAGCAGGCGCCGGCCUACCCAGCAUGCACCGCUCCCUGCGGCGGCGGCGGCAUGACGGCGGUGGCGGCGUGUUAUUAUUAUUCUACUUCCUGGUGCUCAGUAGCUGCUGCGUGGGGUCGGUCGCACCGCAGGGCCUCUUCCCACGCCUAGAGAACAUCGGGGCGCACAAGCCCGUCAGCGUUGCCCCGGAGACGUCCACCUGCGGCGCGCCCGAGCGCAGCGUCUACUGCCAGCCCGCCGCGACGGCCGAGGGCCUGGGCGCCUGCGUCCAGCAGUCCUGCGUGCAGGUGUGCCCCUACCGCGCCGCCACGCCGCGUUACGCCGACCUCCUCCUCGGUGCCCACCUGGGCGCCUGCGUCACACAGGAUGCCCGUGACCUACGCCCAGGUGCCAGCAGUACCAGAACCAGCCUGGUGUUUCGGAACCAAACGGACUGCUUUGCCUCCCCUGUGGUACCGGCGCUGGGUCCAGCGGGCUCCUUUACUCUCACAGUGUGGUUGAAACUGGAAGCCUCAUCGGAAAUGACGUUGAUAGAGAAGCGUGCAGCAGGGGAGCUGGUGUACAGCGUGACAGUCUCCACGGAGAUGCUGGAACUCAGCUACCGUUUCCGUGACGCUCUCGCACCCCAUCGCAUCACCGUGCCCACCACAGGCCGUAUCAACAAGGACGAGUGGACACACCUGGCCCUGCAGGUCCAUGGGACGCGUGUGAGCCUGCUGCUGGACGGCCUGGAGGGCGAUGGCACUGCGUUUGACACACACUCUCUGCUCGGCCCCGUCACCGACAUCAGCCCUGACAGCACCGGCCGCCUUGGCCAGGACUCAAAUGGGUCAAAUCAAUUCAUUGGUCGGAUGCAGGAUUUCAGAUUCUAUCCCGUCACGCUCACCAACAGAGAGAUCAUUGAGGUGUUCACGGGCCGCCUGCCCCACCUCCACACCCAGCCUGACUGCCGCUGCCCCCCCAGUCACCCAAGAGUGCACCCCCUUGUGGCAAGGUACUGCAUCCCCAACGGGGAGGAGGACACCACCACCAACCGCGUGCUGCGGCUGCACAUGGACGCCCACCCCCUCAGCUACAUCAACGACAACGACAUCGGCACCGCCUGGCUGUCGCGCGUCUUCGCCUCCGCAGAGCAGCUGGACCAGGGCGUCACCUUGACCUUUGACCUCCAGAAUGGACAGUACCAGGUCUUCUAUGUGAUUCUGCAGUUCCUGAGUGCCCAGCCAGAGGCUGUGCGUAUCCAGCGCCGGGUUGGCAUGGGCAUGGGCGACGGCGUCGGUGGGCAGUGGCAGGACUGGCAGUACCUGGCCAAGAACUGCAGCGUGUUUGGCAUGGAGGACAACGGCGCGCUGCCGCACCCAGACUCAGUCAACUGCCUCCAGUUUCCCAGCGAGGUUCCGCUGUCUCGUGGCAACAUCACCUUCAGCAUGCUGACCCCGGAGCCCCUCCCGCGUCCGGGCUACAACGACUUCUACAACAGCCCUCCACUGCAGGCCUUCGUGCUGGCCUCCGCAGUGCGCAUACAGCUGCUGGGACAGUACCACACUACACAGGGGCCCGGGGUAAACCCACAGCACCGAUACUAUGGGGUGGACGAAAUCACCAUCAGUGGCAGGUGUGAUUGCCACGGACAUGCAGACAGCUGUGACACCCAGAGGAAUCCCUACCGAUGCGCAUGCUCUCCUGAGAGCCACACACUCGGAGAUAAUUGUGAGCGUUGCGCUCCGCUCUUCAAUGAUAAGCCGUUCCGCUCCGGAGACCAGCUACAGGCCUACAACUGCCGGCCAUGCCAGUGUGGAGGCCACGCCUCCUCCUGCCACUACGACCCGACCCUUGACCCCUACCCUACGGAACACUUCCGGGGUGGCGGAGGCGUGUGUGACGACUGCCAGCACAACACCACAGGGAGGCAGUGCGAGCGUUGCCAGCCUCUGUUCUACAGGGUGGCAUGGUCUGUGUCCAGCGCUGUAGACGCCUGCAGGCCCUGCGAUUGCCAUGCCAACGGGACUGUCAAUGGCACUCUGGAGUGUGAGGAGAUGGGUGGCCAGUGUAAGUGCAAGCGGCACGUGUCUGGCAGGCGUUGUGAUGAGUGCCCGCGCGGCUUCUACGGUCUGCGCGGGGCGGGCGGCCGCGCCGAGGGCUGCGUGGCGUGCGACUGUAAUGCCGCCGGGACCAGCGCCGCAGAUAUUACCUGCCAUCAGGACUCGGGCCAGUGCCACUGCAAGACGCACGUCAUCGGCCUGACGUGCGACCGCUGCGACUACGGCUUCAAGUUCCUCAACCUCUCCGACCCCGAGGGCUGCAGCCCCUGCGGUUGCCACGCCGACGGCUCGCUGCACCAGUUCUGCAACCCGUUCUCGGGCCGGUGCGAGUGCAAGGAGCACGUGCGGGGCCUCCUGUGCGACUCUUGCGCUCCGGGACACUACGGCCUGGACUCCUCCCUCCUCGGGGGCGGGGGCGAGUGCCGACCCUGCGGCUGCGACCCAGCGGGCACGCUGCCGGCGCCGGGCGGGACGGGGACGUGCGACCUCAAGACGGGCCAGUGCCCGUGCAAAGCCCACGUGUGGGGCAGGAGGUGCGACACCUGCCGCCCCGGGUACCACAGCCUGGAGCGACUCCGGGUCGACUCCGACUCCGACUCCUCGACUCUGGGCUGCCUGCCGUGCCAGUGUGACACGCGGGGCACGGUGAACGGGUCGGACGUGUGCCACCCGGGCACCGGCCAGUGCCCCUGCAAGGAGCGGACGGAGGGCUUGCGCUGCGACGUCUGUGCCCAGAACACCUUCAACCGCAGCGACAGUGACGGGUCGUACGACUGCGCGCCUUGCCGCUGCGAUCGGGAGGGCACCGUGCUAGGGAGCGUGUGUGAUCCGCUCAGCGGGCAGUGUGUGUGUCUGCCCUCUCGCCAAGGGCAAGACUGUGGCAUCUGCCGCCCAGGCUUCUUCCUGUCGGCAGGCGGUGUGAGCGGGUGUGACAUGUGCGAGUGUCACCCGGCGGGGGCGCUGGGGCCGGAGUGUGAUGCGCAUUCUGGCGCGUGUGUGUGUGGCCACCCCAGCGUGAGGGGACGCAGGUGCGACCAGUGCCAGCCUCUACACUACGCAUUCAACUCCAGCACCGGCAGGUGUCAGGAGUGCGGGUGCGACCCGGGCGGUAGCCUGAACGGCUCGUGUGCCCCCGACUCUGGCGUGUGUGUGUGCAAGCCGUUUGUGGCGGGCAGCAAGUGUGACGCCUGCGUGGCCGGAGCCGGACACCUGGACCCCAACAACCACCUCGGAUGCAGCAAAGCUCCUUCUCAGCAGCCUGCCCCAGAGGGCCAUGUGCAGAGCUCCAGUGCUGUCCAGCUGACGUGGGGGCCUCCCGACUCCCCCAACAGCAACGUGCUCUCGUACCAGCUGCUGAGGGACAACCGCACCAUACACACCAUACACAGCUACCACCCCUUCAACUCUAUGUUAUUUGAUGACGAGGGCCUGAGGCCUCACCAGCUCUACAGCUACCGCCUGGUGACCAACUCUAUGUUAUUUGAUGACGAGGGCCUGAGUCCUCACCAGCUCUACAGCUACCGGCUGGUGACCAGCACGGUGCAGGGCAGCACCAGCAGCCCGGAGGUCGGCUACCGCACCCUGGCCUCCGUCCCCGCCCCAGAACACCUCCUGCUCCUGCAGCAGGGCCGAGCCAAGCCACACAGCGCCUCCUUCAACUGGACCUCCUCCCUCUCCCUACUACAGGACCCGAACCCGGACAGCAGCGACAGCGCACACGGUGGCGGCGCCUCCUCUGGACAUGUGGAGCGCUACGUGCUCAGCUCUGUGGAGCAGGGCGGGAGGAGCAGUGCAGGGAAGGAGGUGGUGCACUACACUGGGCUGCAGACGGAGGCUACUGUGACUGGACUCCGCCCCUUUACACGCUACGCCUUCACGCUAUCGGCCUGCACCAGCGGGGGCUGUGGCCGCAGCGAGCCGGUUGUCGUGGUGACGUCACAGGUCCCGCCCCUCAACCAGGCUCCGCCCAGAGUGACACCGACGGGAUCGGGAGAGGUCGAGGUGGAGUGGGACCCUCCUGAACAGGCAAACGGUGUGAUCAUCCGGUAUGAGCUGUUUAUGCGAGGACCUCUGCAGUCUCCCGAUGGCAACAACAGCACCCACACCAACCACACUAACCACAUCAACGACACACACCCCGCCCCCCAGGCCCAGGAGGAGAGGGCCUUCCUGAGCAGCGGUUGGCUGAACCCUCAGCCACUCAUCCGCUCGACCAAUGAGAAUUCACUGUCGCCGCCCCCCCAGAGCAGCACCAAGCUGUCCGGUCUGGAGCCGUUCUCCUGGUAUGCCUUCCGCCUCCUGACGGUCAACAUGGCCGGCAGCACCAUGUCAGAGUGGGUCACACAACGCACGGCAGAGGACGUGCCCGUGAACAUGCCCACUCCAGAGGUCACCCCUCUGACCUCUACCUCCCUCAAGGUCAGCUGGAGGUCGCCAUCGGACAGGGAUGCACGGGGCGAAGUGACGGAGUUCAGAGUCAGCAUCCAGGAGGUGCGCCGCUCCAAGCCCUACACCCUGGUGCUCCACACGGCGUCGUCAGGAGAGCGCAGCUACACUGCAGAGGGCCUGCUGCCUUACCGCCUCUACAACGUCACCGUCACACUCUGCAACGCACACGGAUGUGUGGACAGCCAACCAGCAAGUGGACGCACCUUACCUGCAGCUCCUACAGGUAUGAGUCGGCCUAAGCUAACAGCGCUCAACUCCACAGUGAUGGGCCUGUCAUGGCCAGAACCUCAAGAGAUGAAUGGCCCGCCUCCUCUCUACCAGGUGGAGCGCACAGACGUCUCCCUGUCUGACCCCUACGACCCUGUAACCAGGGGCAUCCGUUUCCCUGGACACGCCUACUACAGGUUCCCCAGCACCACCCUGCCCGUCAACACAGACUUCACAGGACUGCAGCUGAGUUUCCGCACGCGAGCGCUGAAUGGCUUGAUACUGUGUGCACUGUCGCCGGGUGACCAGGAGGAGUAUGUGGCUCUGCAGAUCCAAAAUGGCCGCCCCUACUUCCUGUUUGACCCACAGGCAUCGGCCGUGGCCCUGAGCCCGCAGGGUGAUGGGGGGCGGAGCUACAGCGACGGACAAUGGCAUCAUGUGAUCGCAACCAGGAAGCAGGCCGUGGGAACGAUCAUUGUGGACAAUCAAUACAGAGGCACCGCUUCAGCCUCCAGUGGAAGCACCAUCAUCGGAGAGAAUUCCGGAGUGUUCGUCGGAGGAUUACCCAAAGGGUUCUCAGUUCUCAGACAGGACACAGGUGCGGCUCGUCUGGUGACUGAGGGUUUUGUGGGGUGCCUGCGCGACGUGCUGCUGCUGCGCUCACAGCGCCCCCUGCUGCAGUGGGAGCCACUGCGCUGGGACUCGGCUCUGGAGACCACACACACCUACCACAGCUGGGAAGGGUGCCCCACACACAGGGACCCCGGCGCACACUUCCUCGGACAGGGCUACCUGGAGUUGAAGAGGGAGCUGUUCUCUGGAGGUCAGGACUUCCACAUCUCCUUUGACUUCAAGACCGACCAGCUGAAUGCCCUGCUGCUGUUUGCCUACCACGAGGACGGGGACGACUACAUCAUGGCGGAGCUGGAGGGGGGCAUCCUGACCUGGUCUCUGCAGUGGGCGGGGCAUCUGACACAGGUGAGCCUGUGGGUGGGGCUAUCCUACUGCGACGGCAGCUGGAACUCCAUCAGCGUGUCCAAGCGGGGCGCCGUGGCGACCGCCUCCCUGGACCAGGCGUCUGAGCAGGAGCGCGCCCCCCACAGGGGCGUCCUGAAGGUCACCUCGCCCCUCUACCUGGGGGGCCUGCCCCCGCACCUGCACCUGCACCAGCGCACACCUGCCGGCUUCGGACAUCUCCACGGUUUUGGUGGCUGUGUGAAGGAUGUGCGGUUGGGUCGGGGCGCGGUCCUCAACCUGGCGGCCAUGUCUAGUGAUGCUGAGAGGGUGGACCUGAGUGGCUGCCUCUCAGCUGACUCCAGCGUCCAUUGCCGUGGCAACGACUCCAUCCUGAUCUACACGGGCCGUGACCAGCACACACACGACUUUAAUCUGCAGCCCUUCACUGAAUACAUGUACAGGGUGAUGGCUUCAGGAGAGGGGGGCUGGGUGGCAGGACCGUGGGAGCGCGGACGCAGUCGAGGGACAGCUGCGGUGAGUGUGUGGGCCCCCUCCAGAGCGUCUGCAGUAGAUGGCUAUGGUGCUGAGGUGAGCUGGGAGGCAGCUGCGGGGGUCCGGGGGGUGAUAGAGAGCUACGUACUGAAGGCAUACAACUUGGACCAGCCUGCCACGGCCCCUCUCACAGCCACCUUCCUACACCAGCUAACAGGUAACCUGACGGGUCUCUCCCCGUAUACUCGCUACCGGUUGACGGUGACUGCGUGCACUGCAGCGGGGUGUGUGGAGAGCAGAGAUGGACAGAGCCUCAGCACCCCACAGGAGGCUCCAGAAGAGGUGUUGGCCCCCAAGGCUGUAGCGGAGCCCAGCUCCCUCCUGGUGCAGUGGAGCGCCCCCGAGAGGCCAAACGGCAUCAUUACAGAGUACCGGCUCUACAAGGACCACACUCUCAUCUACCACGGCAACGGCACACACCUCAACAUCACAGGUCUGGGUGUGUACAGCUCCCACCUCUUGGUGCUGAGUGUGUGUACGGUGGCGGGGUGCACCAACAGCAGUGAGGUGACCCUCUACACAGGACAGCUGCCACCCGCCAGCGUCAACGCCCCCACUCUCACACCCCUCGACUCACACACCAUCUAUAUACAGUGGUCGGCUCCUCUGGAAGUGAAUGGUGUGCUGGAGUUCUACCUGGUGUACCUGUGGUCCGCUGGGGGCGGCCGGCCUGCUGUGGUCUUCAACUCUACUGAGCUGCAGGAGGAACACACACUGAGAAACCUCACGCCCGGAACCACAUACUACAUACAGAUCGCUGCGUGUAGUGGUGGUGGCUGUACCCCGAGUGUCCCAGUGGAGGUGCGUACGGAGGAGAGUUCCCCAGAGGAGGUCCCGCCACCCCGCGUGGAGCCCCUGUCCCCCACCUCCCUCAACGUCUCCUGGGGACCCCCACGACACCCCAACGGUGUGAUCAGUGAAUAUCGUCUAUGGAUGGACGGCGCGGUAAUCUCCUCUUCCUCGUCCCUGACGGCCGUGGUCACACACCUGACGCCCUGGAGCCUCCACAGUCUUCGCCUGCAGGCCUGCACCGCUAAGGGCUGUGCCCUGGGGCCAGUGGUGUGGGUGCGUACGUUGGAGUCUGCUCCAGAGGGUGACGUGGAGCUGGAGAUGCUGAGUAACGGCCCCAGUGCCGUGAAGGCCCGAUGGACAGCCCCCGCCAACCCCAACGGCAACCUCACCUACACACUGCUCUUCACCGGGACCUUCUACGAUGCGCCAGUGUGGAACUCCAGUGGUGUGGUUCCGGAGGAGGCGGAGGUGGAGGUGGAGGUGGAGGUGCGUGCCCUGCUGAACAGCUCGGUGGCCGGGCAGUGGGUAUCGGUGGAGGGCCUGAGGGCCUACUCCAACUACACGGUGGCCCUGCAGGCCUGCAACACACAGGGGUGCCUGACCAGCGCACAGCAACCCCUCACCAUGCCACCUGGAGCUCCAGAUGGCCUGCUGCCCCCCCGGCUGCUCUCCUCCUCUGGCCGCUCCCUGCAGCUCUCCUGGUCGCCUCCCGCGCGCUCCAACGGCCCCGGAACCCUGCGCUACCAGCUACACAUGAGGACCAGCGCACAAUGUCAGCUGCACAUUCAACUGGUGGACAGUGUGCAGCCAGGGUUCGAGUACACAGUGGAGGGGCUGCGGCCAUACACAGAGUACCAGUUCAGGCUGCUCGCGUCACAUGACCACGGGGAGACUGCCACACCAUGGGUCACACUCACCACCGCACAGGACCGUCCAGGAGCAGUGGACCCCCCCUCAGUGUCUGCCGUCCUUCCCAGCAGUGCCACACUGUCCUGGGUACCCCCCUCCCAGCCCAACGGCCCCCUCCGCCACUACAAGCUCUACCACGGCACCCAGCUGCUCGCCACGCUGCCAGGAAACACUACCACCUUCACAGUCACCCCUCUGAGGCCCUACAGCAACUACACCCUACAGGUGGAGGCUUGCACAGAUGCGGGGUGCACUCUCUCUCCCCCAUCUCUCGCCUUCCGCACCCCUCCUGCACCCCCCGAGGAUGUCUCUCCCCCCCAGCUCUACUCGGACACCCCCACCUCGGUGGUCUUGUCCUGGGCUCCACCAGGACGCCCCAACGGCGAGCUGGACGGCUACACGCUGGAGAGGCGCGUGGGCAGCACCCAGCAGGUGUCAACGGUGGCCCAGCUGAGCCCCCAGGACCCCCUCAGCUUCCUGGACGGGUCUGGGUCACCGGCGCUGAGCCCCUGGACCCGCUACGAGUACCGGCUGGUGGCCCACACCAGGGACGCGGGCAGCACCGGCAGCGAAUGGGCCGGCGUCACCACCCGACCAUCAAGACCCGCCGGACUGAUGCCGCCACACGUCACCGUACUGGGACCGGAUUCACUGCAGGUGUGGUGGAGUCCUCCGUUGAUCGCUAACGGUGAGAUCGAGCGCUAUGAGCUCCGCCUGCCUGACCCGCGCAUCUCCUACGCCAACACCUCCUCCUCCUCCGUCCUCAACCACACCAUCACCCAGCUGCGGCCCUACACCGCCUACAGCGUCACGCUGCUCGCCUGCUCUGCCGGAAACGGACACGUCGGGGGGUGCACCGAGAGCCUGCCCACCCCCGUGACUACACUACCCACAAUCCCACAGGGCCUGGGCGCCCUCAACAUCCUGCCGGUCAGCGAGAACUUCCUGAACAUCUCCUGGGAACCGCCCAGCAGGCCCAACGGCCCAAACAUCAGGUUUGAGCUGCUGAGGCGUAAAGUGCAGGCCCCCCUGGCCCCCCGCCCCCCCGAAGAUCUGCAUCUCUGGACCAAUGUGUACGCAGGAACCGCCUUGCUGCACCAAGAUAAGGGCCUACACCGGUUUACUGAGUACCAGUAUAAGCUGCUGGUCCAUAAUGAGGUGGGCUACUCGUCAGGAGAGAUUGCCUCAGCCUACACCCUGGCCGGAGUCCCCCGCAAAGCCAGCUCCAUCACCUCCCUCUCCGUCACACACACCUCCAUACAAGUCAACUGGACCGCACCCAGCCUGCAGGAUCUCCAGGGUGCUGUAGUGGGCUACACCCUGUGGCUGAACUCCAGUACUGAGGGUCUGCAGAGCCACAGGUUUGGCCCCAACACCACCUCAGCCCUGGUCUCAGACCUGCAGCCCAGCACCCACUACAGCCUCACUGUGGAGGUGUCCAACGGGGCACACAGCACCACCAGCACACCCAUCAACAUCGCCACCGAGAGUGGAGAACCCGAGGGUGUGAUCCCCCCAGAGGUCGUGACCCUGAACAGCACGUCUGUGAGUGUGCAGUGGGAGGAGCCUCUGGUGGCCAAUGGACCAAUCACAAACUACAGCGUCUACGUGGACGGCCAGGUGCACGACACCACCAACGGAGACACAUACUCGCUGGAGCUCACGCACCUACUGCCAUUCACCGUCUACAACAUACAGGUGGAGGUGUGCAACGUGUAUGCGUGUGCAAGGAGCAACAGCACCCAGGUGACCACAGUAGAGGACCUGCCUGGUGACAUCAUGCCACCUCACGUCCAGGUGUUGGGCUCCAGGUCUGUGCGAGUGUCCUGGAGCUCCCCCGGCCAGCCCAAUGGCAUCCUGCAGGGCUAUGAGGUGCGGCGUGUGUCUGUGUGGCCGUGUGGGGACCCUCGGCACCAGCCCGCCCGGAGGCCCCACACACACUGCCCCCUGCUGCGGUGCCCCAAACCACAGCACAUCUGCGGCAGCGCCUGCUACCUGCCCACUCAACAGGUGUGUUGUGACGGUGUGGUACACAGUCGUGCUGUAGGCCAUGAGUGCUGUGGUGAUGCCUACCUGCCUGUGCGUAACGCCUCGGAGAGCGUGUGCUGUGGACGCCAGCUGCUCGCCCCUCUGCCUCAGCACCAGUGCUGCGGGGGGUACUACGUACCUGUGCCUCCAGGGGAGGUGUGCUGCCCAGACCCCGAUCAGAAGCGCGUGUCUGUGGGUCUGGGGGACACGUGUUGCGGGGGGCGUCCGUUCUCCCGGUGGGGGGGUCAGCUGUGCUGCGGGGGGGUCCUGCACGACGGCUUCCAGAGCCAGUGCUGCGGGGGCCGCGUGAUCAGCCACAGCCUACACUGCUGCGGAGAUGAGGAGACGGGGGUCGCACACACACCUGCGCCAGGCAUGUUGUGCUGUGGCGAGCUGUAUGUGAACUCGAGUGAGGUGCUCUGCUGCGGAGGGGUGGGAGACCUGGAGGCCACGCCCCAUCACCUUGACAACCACACCAUGACCCGGAAGUGCUGUGGGGCGGGGGUCAUCCCACAGGAGGAGGAGUGCUGCAACGGGAUUGGCUACGACCCCAAACACUACUUCUGUGCCGACAGAGCCUCGCCUGGUAUACACAUGCAGGAGGCGUGUAAGCCCAGUGCGUUGUGUCCCCUGUCUUCUGUGUCUUCGGCGUACUGCGGUGUGUGUGAUUUUAACCCCGCGGUGGAAGUGUGUUCGCGGGUAGCAGGGUUGCCCCCCCAGUCUCUGCCCUCCUCCUCCUCCUCUGACUCAGCUCAGGGGGUAGGGGCGGAGCCUGAUCUCUGUGCCUCCCCAGAGGAAGUGGUCUAUUCCGGAAGCACCAACAGAUACACCUUCACAGACACUAACCUGGAGCCCCACAGCAGCUACGAGUAUCGCGUGGGGUCGUGGAACAGCUUUGGGCGGGGCUACAGCUCCUCUGCUCGGGUCAUCACCAGAGAGGACGCCCCCGCCGGCCUGCCCACCCCCCACUGGACCAAGCUGCAGAACCGAGACGACAUUAUUCAGCUGGACUGGGCACCGCCACACAGACCCAAUGGUGAGAUCCAGUACUACGUGGUGCUGCGUGACGGACAGGAGCGUUACCGUGGGAACGAGUCCAGCUUUACGGAUGUGGGCGGGAUCAUGCCCUACCAGGAGUACCAGUACCAGCUACGCGCCUGCACUGCGGCGGGAUGUACAGACAGCAAGAAGGUGGUUGCGGUGACGGUGCAGGGGGUGCCGGAUGCGGUGUCUUCCCCGGUGGUGAGUGCCCUGAGCCCCAGCUCUCUGCUCCUCAGCUGGGCCCCUCCGGCCAGGCCCAACGGCAUCCUCCGCCACUACCACAUCAACCAGACCGGAGCCGCAGCCGGACGCAUACACACACACACCGGGGAGAGGGAGCUGCAAUACACUGUUACAGGUCUUCAGCCUCACACUGACUACAGUUUUGUGUUGGAGGCGUGCACCUCAGCGGGCUGCAGAGCCAGCCAGCCAGCCACCGGCCGCACACUGCAGGACGCACCAGCAGGAGUGUGGUCCAACCCGCGCCACGUGCUGGUGAGUUGCUCGGUGGUGGAGCUGUUCUGGGAUCAGCCCGAGCGCCCGCACGGCAUCCUGUCCAGCUACACUCUACUGAGGGACUCAGUGGCCCUCUACACAGGGGAGCCCGACACACACAACUACACAGACACGGGCCUACAGCCCAACACCAGGUAUAUCUAUGAGCUGGAGGCGAGUACGGGGGGUGGUGUGAGUCGCAGCGGUCGCUACGUGGUGCAGACUCCCAUCUCCUCCCCCGAGGACAUCCCUCCCCCCCACAACGUCACCGUCAUCGGCCCCCAUGCCAUCUUCGUCGCGUGGGCACCGCCAGGGAAGUACAACACCAGUGUUCCGCUGGACUACAGUGUGCUGUUGAAUGCUGGGAGUCUGGAUGGCCUGGUGCAACCAGCGGGCAGAGACCAGUACCUGCAGCUAACCAGCCUCAUGUCUUACACACGCUACCACAUACGCAUACAGGCCUGCCAACCAGAGGGCUGUGGUGUCGGGCAGGGUGUGUACACUCGGACGCUGGAGGCCCCCCCUGAGCACCUGGAUGCCCCCGUCGUCAAGGCAACUGGGCCAAAGGUCAUAGAGGUCAGCUGGAAACCCCCACGACGCCCCAAUGGACUCAUCACUGCCUACUUUAUACACAGGCGUCCCCUGGGAUCGCAGGAGGAGCUGCUUGUGUUCCUCUGGUCCUCGGGGCCCCUGGAGUUCAUCGACGCGUCCGACAACCUGCUGCCCCACAGCGGCUACGAGUACCGCGCACGUGCCCACAACGCCCAGGGCUCCGUCUCGAGCCCCUGGAGCCCGCCCACCCGGACGCUGGAGGCCCAGCCCCGAGGCAUGGCCCUCCCCUGGGCUCGGCCCGUCAGCGCCUACUCCCUGCUGCUCAACUGGACCGGGCCGAGCCAGCCCAACGGCGUGAUCCAGCGGUACCGCGUGCUGUACCAGAAGAGGCCCAGUGACCCUACGCUGAACAGCAGCGCCGUGCUGGCCCUUACCGUGCCGGGAGACACUGAGCAGGCCCAUGUGUUUGGGUUGGAGCCCUUCAGCACGUACAGUGUUCGCGUGGAGGCAACUAACGCCGCCGGUAGCGCGUCGAGUCCGUGGGCGGCGGUCAGAACCCUGGAGGCUCCACCCGGGGGCGUGGCUAACUUCAGCGUGGAGAAGAGGGAACAGGGACGCGCUCUGAUGCUGACCUGGGACCCCCCACACACACCCAACGGAGAAAUCAAGAUGUACAACAUCUACAACGAGGGCAACCUGGAGUUCAGCGGUCUGUCUCGCCAGUUCCUGUUCCGACGCCUGGAGCCUUUCACCACCUACACACUGCUAUUGGAGGCCUGCACGGAGGCGGGCUGCACGCGCACCGGCCCCCAGCCAAUCACCACGGACGAGGCGCCCCCCUCGGCCCCGCCCCCGCUGGUGGCCCAGCACAUCGGAGCGGAGAGCGUGCAGCUGAGCUGGGAGCCGCCCGCGCACCCCAACGGACGCCUCCUGCAGUACCAGCUACUGGCCGUCGCCGUGGAGACUGGGAGGUCGCGCACUGACGAGGACGACCUGCAGAGGGCGAAAGUGAUCUUCUUAGAGACUGAGACGCGUGGCAGCAGCUACAGCCACAACGUGACGGGCCUGCACCCCUGGAGCCAGUACGGCUUCCUGCUGCGCGUUCUGAACGCGGCGGGCCACGCCGACACGCCCUGGCUCACGCUGCGCACCAAGCAGGCCUCUCCGCGCGGACUGGCCGCCCCGGUCGUCAGUCACGUCGAGGGCCAGCCCCAACAGCUGCAGAUUUCCUGGCGGCCGCCGCUGGAGAGCAACGGCGUGCUGCUGAGCUACCGGCUGCGCCGAGACAACCUCAGCUUCCCCUUCAGCUUCGACGCCAGUGUGCUGAGCUACCGCGACGACGAGGGCCUGCUGCCCUUCGCGCUCUACUCCUACGCCGUGACGGCCUGCACCAGCGAGGGCUGCGUGACCUCCGACCCCACCGCCGCGCGCACCCUGGAGGCGCCGCCCGAGCUCGUGCACCCACCGACCCUCGCCAACGUCACCGCGCACUCGGCCACCGUCGCCUGGGACGCCACGCCCAUCCAGAACGGCGAGGUGACGCUCUACGCACUACAGGUGGAUGGCGAGGAGGUGUACAGGGGGAGAGGUCUCCUGGCCUCCGCCACAGGCCUGCUGCCCCACACACAGUACUCGCUGCAGCUGACCGCGUGCACCAACGGGGGGUGCACCCACAGCGCCCCCACCCUCAUCCGCACCCUGGAGGCCCCGCCCAGCGACCUUCAGGCGCCCCUGCUCAAGGUCACGGGGGCGGAGUCUGUGGAGGUCAGCUGGGCGGAGCCAGGACGGACCAAUGGGGUCAUCACGGGCUACGAGCUGCGCAGGAACGGCCAGCUGGUGUACGCUGGAAUGGACACGCGCUACCAUGACUUCACCCUGAUGCCCAGCGUCGAGUACAGCUACGCCGUCACGGCUAACAACAGCCGCGGAGCGACCACCAGCCCCGCCUCAGUGGCGCGCACCCACCCGUCAGCGCCCUCCGGUGUCGCCCCGCCGCGACUGCAGGCCUCGGGUGCGAGCAGCGUGCUGGUGAGUUGGGAGGCGCCGGCGCGGCCCAACGGGGUCAUCACCAGCUACACGCUGUACAGCCGCGACCCCGCCGACCUCGGCGACCCCAACCCUCGGAGGUACCUCCUCGCACCCGAGCACGCCGCCUACCAGAGCCGCACCACCACCCUCACUGGACUCAAGCCUUACUACAGGUACGAGGUGCGGGUGGAGGCGUGUACCUUGCUGGGCUGUGCUGCCAGUGACUGGGCCUCAGUCAUGACCCUGGAGGCUCCCCCUAGUGGUCAGACGGCGCCACUGCUGGAGCUGCAGGUCAACACCUUAGGCCUGCAGACCGUCUUCCUGUUGUCAUGGUCGCCGCCAGCCCAGCCCAACGGACGCCUGCUCCACUACGAGUUGCUACGACGACGCCUGCUUGAGGGGGAGGCGGUCACCGCGGCAACCAUGGUGUACCACAACACCUCCACCAUCUACAGAGAUGACAACCUGGCGCCGUAUACGGCUUAUGAGUACCAGGUGUGGUCUGUGAACUCUGCUGGGCGUGCAGGUAGCCCCUGGACUCGAGGUCGAACAGGCCCCGCCCCUCCUGAAGGUCUAGCUCCGCCCACCUUCCUUCGCGUCCACGCCACCUCCGCCAUCGUGGACAUCAGCCCCCCCUCCAAACCCAACGGCAUCGUCAGCCUCUACCGCGUCUACGCACACACCAACGACACAGACCUGCUGCUGUCGGAGGGCACGUCUCGUCAGCAGACUCUACAUGGCCUGCGUCCCUACACGCUCUACUCGGUGGGCGUGGAGGCCUGCACCUGCUUCCUGUGCUGCAGCCGAGGGCCAAUCAGCAAGCUCCGUACGCAGCCCUCCGCCCCCGCCCAGCAGCCGCCGCCCCGCCCCGUCUCCCUCACCUCACGCUCUGCCCUGGUGGAGUGGGACCAGCCCCUACAGCCCAAUGGUGUUAUAGAGAGCUGUGAGCUGCAUGUGCGUUCCUCGUGUCCUCAGCCGCUGCAGCCGAUGCCUGUGGAGUGCAGACGGGGCCCAGUGGAGACCAGGUUCUAUGGGCGUGGCCAGAGCUACAACGUGACAUCUCUGCGUCCCUAUGCCGCGUACGACCUGCGCGUGGUCUCCACCAACAGCAUGGGCAGCACCACCUCUCCCUGGCUCACCAUCACCACACUCAAAGAAGCUCCACAGUACCUGGAGGCCUUUGUGAUCCAGAGUAACCUGACGGUUGUGUAUGUGGACUGGAGUGACUCCUUCUCUCUGAACGGACCCCUGAGAGAGUACAAGCUGACCGAGAGCGAAAACCUGCUGUACACCGGACUGCAGAACGCCCUCUACAUACCACGCACCUCAGACAAGACCUUCUCCUUCCAGGUGACGUGUACUACAGACAGCGGCAGCGUCAUUUCCCCCAUUAUCAGAUACAACUCAGCAACAGGUGUGUGCCCCAUCGCCCCUACGGAGGGUGGUAAGACAGGUCUGCAUGGCGGGGUGUCGGGCCUCUACUCUGAGCUCUGGUUCCUGGUUCUGAUGGGCCUGCUGGGUCUGCUGCUGCUGGCCGUGUGUAUCGGCCUGUUGCUGCGCCGGGCCCUGAAGAAGAACGCCUUCACGCGAGAGCGCCCCCCGCUGGUGCCCCUGCAGAAGAGGAGCCAGCACUACCCUGCCAGCGACGCAUACAUGUUUGACUCUGUCCUUGAGACCAUCGACUCCAGCACCUCAGUCACUCUAAAGGGCUUUAUCAUGCACACCGAGGGCUUCGUGGACACCAAGAUAGACGGCACGCCGCUGCGCUCCGGUCGCCACGGUUACCCGGCCACCAUGUCCGUGCUGCGCAUCCCGGCGCAGAGCCACAUCAGCCACGCCUACUCCCAGAAUUCCCUGCACCGCAGCAUCAGUCAGCUGAUCGACACGGCGGACAGGAAGUCUCUGAUGGAGGACGGCAUCUGGGAUCCAGAACUACACGGCACCGACAGCGGCAUGUUUGCGGGCGAUGAGGAGCUGGCUGAGACCAUCAAGGGCCUGAGCUCAAUGGGCUCCGGCUCCAUCAGGAAGGAACACACAACCUUCACAGACACACACCUCUGA